AGCCCUGAAGAAGAAAAGAACUGAGCCCUUGGGCUUCAGACAAGACUUGGAUAACAGGGAGGGGCCCUGCUUAGCUCAGCACUUGGUAUAAAACCCUCAACUCUCCAGAGAACAACGGUACCAUUCAGCACACAAGAGUGGGACGGCAGCAAGGAAAAGGGCAAAGGGAGGGGGCAGAAAUAAAGAGAAAAAGCAAGAGGGAGGGAAAAUACAAGCGGACGAUCGUGAGAAGUACCAAAGGAUUUUUGCCACCUUCAAGGAGAGGAUAAUUUGCGCGUGCACACAUGGCGGCUUCUGCACACGUUACUCCAAUGUACCUGUUGUUAUUCACUUGCAUGUCCUGUUGCACAUUGCUAGUUGCUUUUAAUUUGGAUACGGACAAUGUGAUCUCAAAAUCAGGAGAUCCUGGGAGCUUAUUUGGUUUCUCUAUGGCCAUGCACAGGCAGCUUCAUCCAGAGGAGAAACGACUGUUGCUUGUUGGAGCUCCUCGAGCCAAAGCUUUUGCAGAGCAAAGAGCGAAUAUAACAGGCGGUUUAUAUUCAUGUGACAUCACAUCAAUAUCACCAUGCACGCGGGUUGUGUUUGAUAAUAAUGUUGAUUUAUCAGUAGAGAGCAAAGAAAAUCAAUGGAUGGGUGUAAGUGUUCAGAGCCAGGGACCUGGAGGCAAAGUUGUGACUUGCGCACAUCGUUAUGAAAAGAGAAGACUUGUAAACAGAGAAAGUGAAUCUCGUGACAUCACAGGAAGGUGCUACGUACUCAGCGAAGAUCUCACUAUAAAAGAUGACAUGGAUGGUGGAGACUGGAACUUUUGUGAGGGGCGAUUGAGGGGACAUGAGAAAUUUGGUUCUUGCCAACAAGGGGUUGCAGCAACAUUUACAAAAGAUUAUCACUAUGUUGUAUUUGGGGCCCCUGGAACAUACAACUGGAAAGGGGUUGUUCGUGCAGAACACAAAAAUAGCACAUUGGUGGAAGAAUUGUUCAUUUUUGAUGAUGGUCCUUAUGAAACUGGUGGUGAAAACAUAAGAAAUGCAGACUUAGUUCCUGUCCCAGCUAACAGCUAUUUAGGUUUUUCUUUGGAUACUGGUGUAGGCAUAACCUCACAAAAUGAGAUGACUUUUGUUUCUGGCGCCCCAAGAGCUAAUCACAGUGGAGCUGUUGUCCUGCUGAGGAAAUUCCCUCCCAAUGACAGGAUGCUUUCUCCGGUACAUAUAUUUGAAGGUGAAGGGCUGGCCUCAUCUUUUGGUUAUGAUGUAACGGUAGCUGAUCUCAACAAUGAUGGGUGGCAGGAUAUUGUAGUUGGAGCUCCUCAGUAUUUUGUUAAGAAUGACAAAGAAAUAGGUGGUGCUAUUUAUGUAUAUAUUAAUGAGAUGGGAAAGUGGGAAGAUGUCAAACCAACACGCAUCGUAGGAACCAAGGAUUCAAUGUUUGGUAUUUCUGUAAAGAACAUUGGAGACCUCAAUCAGGAUGGGUUUUCUGAUAUUGCUGUUGGUGCACCAUAUGAUGAUGGUUUUGGCAAGGUUUAUGUAUAUCAUGGGUCCAGAAAUGGAAUAAUUAAGGAACCAGCCCAGAUUAUUGAUGGAAAGAGCACAAAUACUAAAUUUUUUGGCUACUCAAUAGCUGGAAACAUGGAUCUAGAUAGAAAUUCCUAUCCAGAUAUUGCCGUUGGCUCCUUAUCAGAUUCAAUAAAGAUAUUCAGAUCACGGCCUAUUAUUAACAUUAAAAAGACCAUUAAAGUUACACCAGACAAAAUAGAUUUUACCAAGAAGAAUUGUGCUGCUGGAAUCUGUUUGGAUGUUGAAGCCUGUUUUGAAUACACUGCUGUUCCUAAAGACUACAAUCCUGUGAUACCUCUUACCUACACAUUUGAAGUAGAAAGUGAAAGAAAAGCCUCAAAUUUGCUGCCAAGAGUUAUUUUUCAGGGUUUACCAUCCGAAACCCAGUUGACCAGAACCGUUGACCUCAGAGGACAGAACCAAAAACAAUGUGUUAAAACUACAUUGCAAGUUCUGGAAACCAUAAAGGAUAAACUACGUCAGAUACCUGUAUCUGUUAGUGUUGCAAUCACAGAAAGCAGUCGGUCUAAGAGACAAAGCAGUAUACUUCCAAACCUUGCCCCAGUUCUCAAUUCAAAUGAGCCAAAGACUGUUACAGCUAAUGUUCAGUUUUUGAAAGAAGGAUGUGGUGAAGACAAUGUAUGUAACAGCAACAUGAAAAUGGAAUACAAAUAUUGUUCGAGGGAAGAAAGCCAGAAACCAUUUACAAAUCUAAACAUAGACAAUGGUGUUCCAGUGUUGGAUUUUAAACACCAGAAAGAGAUUGCGCUGGAAAUAACAGUUACGAAUUUCCCAUCAGACCCACGUAAUCCCAAAAAGGACGGUGAUGACGCUCAUGAAGCUAAACUGGUGGCGUAUUUGCCAGAUACUUUGUCUUAUUCAAGAUAUGAAGAGAUAGGCCAACAACAAGGUGAAAAACAGCAUCCCUGUACAUCAAACCAAAAUGGUUCUGUGGUUAUUUGUGAACUUGGAAACCCCUUCAAAAGAAACAGCAGUGCAAAAUUUUAUGUCAUUCUCAGUACAAGCAAGAUAUUAGUUGACACUACUGAACUUAACGUCACUUUGCAGUUGGAAACAACAAGUUCACAAGCUGAUUUGGCACCUAUUUAUGCUAAAGCUCGGGUAGUGGUGGAGCUGCUGCUUUCUGUGUCUGGAUUUGCUAAACCAUCCCAAGUCUAUUUUGGAGGGAAUGUCAUUGGAGAGAGUGCUAUGAAAUCAGAGGAUGAUAUCGGAAAUUUAAUUGAUUUUGAGUUUAAAGUAACCAAUUUUGGUAGACCACUUAAAGCACUUGGUACUGCCAACUUGGAUAUUCAGUGGCCAAAAGAAAUUAACAAUGGAAAAUGGUUACUUUAUUUGAUGAAAAUAGACACAAAAGGUUUGGAAAAAGUAACCUGUCAGCCUGCAGAUGAAAUAAAUAAAUUGAAUCUUGCAGAAUCUAGCAACAAGAGAACUAAACGUGAACUUGGAGAAAAGCAGACAGGAGGAGAUGAAAAGAAAUUUUCACUGUUUGCAGAAAGGAAAUACUUGACAUUGGAUUGUAAUAACGAUGCAAGGUGUGUAACCAUCAAGUGCCCACUUCAAGGGCUGGACAGCAAUGCAGCCAUUACAGCACGGGCACGGUUGUGGAACAGUACGUUUCUAGAGCACUAUUCAAAGAUGAAUUACCUUGACAUAAUCGUGAAAGCAUCCAUUAGUGUAGAUUCAGCUUCUCAAAACCUAAAAAUUUCCAAUGAUGCUUAUCAGAUUCGUUUGACAGUUUUCCCAGAGAAGACAGUAGCUCAGUACACCGGCGUACCUUGGUGGAUUAUUCUGGUUUCCAUUCUUGCUGGGAUUUUGAUGCUCGCCCUCUUAGUGUUUCUAUUGUGGAAGUGUGGUUUCUUCAAGAGAAGUAAGAAAGAUCAAUUUGAUGCUACAUAUCACAAGGCUGAGAUCCAUUCUCAGCCAUCUGAUAAAGAGAGACUAACUGCUGAUGCAUAGUAUUGAUCAACAUUCUGUGAUUGUGUGGGUUCUUUAAACGCUCUAGGUACGAUGACAGUGUCCCGCGAUACCAUGCUGUACGAAUUCCUAAAGAAGAUAGACAGUUCAAAGAUGGAAAAUUCAACAAAAAUAGUGAAAAAAAGCAGUGGGUCACAAAGUGGAAUGAAAAUGAAAGCUAUUCCUAGGGAAUUCAUUGGUUUUGUUUUUAUUGUAAUUCUUGAGAUAAAUGUUAAUUGUAUUUGAAAGAUGGCUAAACAGUUGCUUAUAUUGGUAUCUGGUAGAAACAUAAGCUUUAAUUUGUAAUUAUCUUCGAAUAUUGUUACUUAAGCCAAGGCUAUCUUGUUUUGCACAGUAAGAUUCUAUAUAACUCCAUUUUUGAAACCUGCAAAUGAAUGUAUAUCGUUUAAUUGACACAUGUACUGGAGGAAUCGAAUCUUACGCUAGGUUCCAUACGUUGUGGGACUUAUACAUUUCUAUGCUAAACUGAAAACAUUAUGCUUUAUGUGUAAUGAAGAAAUGUAUGUAUCAGAUCUUAACUAAAAAUGUUUGGCUAAAUGGUUCGUUUCAGUCUAGUAAAAAUGUAACAUUCUUGGGCCUUUCCUUGAAUUACUUUUAUCUGUUAAGGCCUCUUUUAAAGAUGAACAUACUCAUUUAACUGCCUUAAUGAAAAUCUCUUUCUUGAUGCCAGUGACUGUGUUGGCAUGUGAUGAUGUGACUACUUAAUAUACUGUGCACAUAAUGCAGGUCAAUCCUAUGCAAGACCUGUUUGUUAUACCAUUUUAGCCAAUGGCACUUGGGUCUGGUUUUUACAUAGGUCAUUUAUUGAUGAUACAGUGUGCCUUUCUUCUCGAAUGCUUGAAGACUCUGCAAUGUAUUGCAGUUGCAAAACCGUGAAAUAGUUCAUCAUUUUUUUUAAAAACAUGAUAAUUCAUGAUUUAUUGUAUAUAUUCCUACCAGACCUGCGGUCCCUAACAUAAACCAGCGUUUAGCUACCUAAUUCAGACUUUUAUGUAGACCAAAUGUGCAAUAGAUUUAUUACCCUACUUAUUGUAGUUAAGCUAACAAGCUCCAUUACAGAAUUUGACUGAAUAUGUUUAGACUGUAUAUAUUCUAACAUUUGUGAUAUUUAUUGACUGUUUGGCCCUCUUGUCUUUAUAUUAAGGCCAAGUUCACCUUUGUAAUAAUUGCCUACAUUUUGGGUUUAGACAUUUAAAUACUCAAAAUGAAAAACUGUAAAAUAUUACAUGGAGUGCAGUACCACUCCUAUUUUGUUGAAUCGUUGCAUCUAAAACUUGAUGCAGUCUGUGUUUAAAGUAGUGGGUCAUGUUCCAUUUUUUUUUUCUAAAAAUGUAAAUAUUAAAAAUUUUAUCAGUCCAAAAUUUCAUUUAAAAUAAUUUCAGUAUUUUAAGAAGAAAAAAAUAGAAUGUAAAUGUUUGUUUCAGUAGCGCAUACAUUAAAACAUCAAGAAGGGCCGAACAUCAAGUUGUUGUACUCAUAACUGCGAUGCAGUACUUAGUUUCUCUAUAUUCCAGAAACAAAAAAAUGACAAAAUUCUACAUGCAUUGCUAUUAUUUUCAGUCAAUAGUUUGGUUGAAAUGGAAAAGGUUAUUGAUUAAAAGAAGUAAAACUCUAAUUUUGUAGAUAGGGUUACAGUAUAUAAUUUCCUUGAGAUGCAACCAUACUGUAUAUGUUUUCUAAGCUGACCUUAAGAAACUUCACUGGAAAUUAUUAAGAAUCUGAAUAAUGUUUAGAAUAUAGUUUGAUUUAUUUGAAUGAGUAAACGUCUUCUUUUGGAUACAGCAGAAAGUUUUCAGAGAAAUUGGAAGACUAGAUCACCAGAAGGGAGACAUUUUGUUUUGUUUUUAAUGGCCUGUCUUUUGCACAGAUGGAAGACGUUUUGUUUUUAAUGGCCUGUCUUUUGCACUAAGUACUUUCACAUUAACUUUUAAACUGAAAUGGAAUGUGAAAAAUACAAUCAAUUUAAACAUAUUUUGUAUUUCAAAACAUACAUGAAACUAUAUGUGAAAAUCAUAUUAGACAUUUGACUUAAUCAGACCCUGAAUACAUGGACCUCAGACUCUGGGAUGAAUUCAGUUUGAAAGCAACCAUUUGUUCCAGACCAUAUGCCUCACCACAGUGACAACUUUGUAUCUGUGGUCUUCUACACUUUCAAUAUUCCAAAAUUAUGAUACUUCUAUCAGUCAGUUUGUUUAAUGCCUGCAAAUAAGUUACACACAGUAGAAAUACCACUUUGGACUCAUGGUGUACUGCUGGUUCCGAGUGGAAAACGCUGCUGAUCCAAUCAGAAGAGCUAGUUUCACAUCUGAGUCAUGCAGCUAGCAUUGCUAAUUGGAUCAGUGGCAUGUUCCACUCAGGACCAAAAGUGCACCACGAGACCAGAGGGGUAUUUCUACAUUUGCAGGGGUUAAACACACAGUACUGCAGGGUCGAUAGUCUUAACAUGACAUGCUCUAACAGAUUAGAGCAUGUAAUUUUUCAACUAUAAUGACCCUUUAAAUAGACCACUUUAUUCAUAAAUCAAGGUUUUGUAUCUCUUCGGUUUUAAAGAUCUUACAGGUUUCUUCCUUAGAUAUCAGAAAGAUAGACAUGUGAGGUUUUGAAAAGGUAUGUACUGCAACAUUUUUAAAUUAUCACUAUUAUUAUCGGUUAUUUGUAGAGCGCCAACAGAUUCCGCAGCGCUAACUAUAAACAAUAUUUUUUCUAGGACCAAAUAGCAAAAACUCCCUUUUCUCUAAUGAUAUUUCAUAAUUAGAGCUGCUUUGUGAGUUUCUCAUUUAAAUGACUACUGUAAGUUUUUGUGCAAAAUUGUGUAAUGUUGCCAGUAAAAUAGACUUUUAAAAAAAAAAAAAAAAAAAAUCCAUUGUAAUAAAGUUACAACUUAUUUAAAUAAGAACUUUUAUUUGUGAAUAAAACUGAACUGAACUACAAAUAGUUCAGAUCCAUUUUGACUGUUACCUUUUGUCUUUGACUAGUAACAUAUUUUCUGCAUACAAGAAUUGUUUAUUGCUACAUUUUUAACUUUAAAAGUGUUCUUCAUCUUACAUGCUAAAAUUAUUAUUUGGUUUAAGGCCCUCAUUAUUGUGAGUUUGCAAGUUAUGCAUUAAAAUGUAAUUACCACAUAAACUAUGACUUCAGCACAGGUCGCAGCAGUGUUCUCACUCUCUCCAAUGUCUUCCCAGACUCAUUGGUUUUUCUCACUCUGUGGAUUUUAGUAAGGUGGGAAAAAAGCAGAAGUGAAUAGGAAAGGAAAGGAGAAAUGGAAUAAACGAAGCUUGAAAUAAGUUACUUUUGUGUGCUUCUUAUAUGCCACAAAUACAGUGAGAUUUUUAAAUAUCUUUUAGUUCGCAAAUAAUUCUCUAUACUUAUAGUGUGUAAUACUUUAUUUCCAUAAACUAAAGUGUGUGUUUAGCGUUUCCAUAAACUAAAAAAAUAAAAUAAAAAAUAUGUUUACUAAGGGUCAUGAAAGCAAGGGAUUACUUUAUCUAGAACCUGAAAUAAUAAAAUAUAUGGUGCACUCAAAAUCUUAUAUUAAAGGGACACUAAACCCAAAUGUUUUUCUUUAAUGAUUCAGAUAAAACAUGCAAUUUUAAGCAACUUUCUAAUUUACUCCUAUUAUCAAUUUUUCUUUGUUCUCUUGUCAUCUUUAUUUAAAAAGUGGUUAUGUAAAGCUUAGGAUACUGCCCAUUUUUUGUUCAGAACCUGGGUUAUGCGUGCUUACUGGUGGCUAAAUGUAGCCACCAAUAAGCAAGUGCUAAAAUGGGCCGGCUCCUAAGCUUUACAUUCCUGCUUUUUAAAUAAAGAUAGCAAGUGAACAAAGAAAAAAUACACGCUGUAUCUGAAUCUUGAAAGAAAAAAUUUGGGUUUAGUAUCCUUUUAAGUUCAGGUUACUAAUAUGUCUGUUUCUGGAAGAGAUAUAAGAUUCAUGCAACCUAUAUAAACAGUGGUCUGAUUAUUAAUUCUGAACAAAAUAUAAACAGGACUUCAUAUUCUUCUAAUGUCAAGAGCAUGAUUUUGUUUUAGCUUGCUUGCACAGCAUUACAUUUGUGCUUUAAAGAAACACUAUCGUAUACAAAAGAUGAGAGAAUCUUUAGUGGAAAUUAUAAAGUCCCAUGGUAUAAAAACAUUUUCAAAAUACAGUAAUAUAUCAAAUAAUGUGUGUUUUUUAUUUGUAAAUAAGAGUAUUAUCUUGUUUUCAACCAAAUUAAAUGAUAAUUAUAAUACUGAAAACCAUUUUAAUUUAGUUAACAAAUAUAUGUUUAUAAGAGCUGAAAUUUAUUGAAAAGCACUUCCCAGAUUCCUUCUGAAAAUGAUGUACCUCUGAAAACAACGUGAAAAAGCUGAAUACCAGUAGUUCACAGUAAAUCAUCAGAAAGGACUUAUUUUUACAUGCUAUUUGAUAUAUUUUUAACAAAAAAAGGUGCUCGUAAUAAGCUUUAUUAUAAAUGAUUAUAAUGCACUCUUGAAUGCAUAUAGUUGGGAAUAUGUAGAAUAUUUCUGUUUUCCUGCUGGUUCUCAUUUGGUUAAUAUUUCUAAGUAUAACUUACACUGGAUUUAAUUUCAACUGAUGAUGAUAUGUGACCUCAAUAGUUUAUAUAAGCAAAACAAUGUAUAUUUAUACUCGUAUAUAAUUUAAAUGAAUAUUUCAUUUUGCUUUGGAUGUUGCUUAGUAACCCAUGAGACUAGUGUGUUUAGGAAUAUAGAUUCAGGUGCAACACGGUGAAUAGUGCAUUUUGUGCGUCAAUUACAAUGUAAAGAAAAAAAGCUAAAUCAUUGUAGAAAAAAACAUGUUAAGGUGAUGGUAGGUUCCAGUACUGUAAAAUUUGCCAUUAUAUAUGUUAGUUUGGCAAGCAAUAUACAAUAAGUUUUACUAAUUCACAGUUUGUGUUUCCUUCGUCCCCCUCGCCAUUCUUUAUUUGUAGUGCAGUGACGUAUAGAGCGGUCCCACCUGCUCUGUAAGUAAUUGGCAGUGUGAGCUCCACAUUAUACUCCCACUACAACAGUUCUGUGCUAGCAAUACAGCAAUACAAGUAAACAGUGAAUUGGAACUCUUGUUCCAUCUAGCAGCACUGUGGGCAACAAUGUUUAUAGAAAUGUUAUACAGUGCUGACAUAGAAUGCUAAAGGCACAUGCACACUCCUAAGAUCAGCCUAUCUAGAUUUAUUCUUCAACAAAAGAUACAGUGUAUGCAAAGGGCAUAUUAAAUACAACCGAUGGCCACAACAUUGCCCGCACAUAGAAAAAAGCAAGCCAGAAGAAAAGUACAAUGGGGGGGGGGGGGGGAUAGAUGGUGGUGUUGGGCUUAGAGGACCUGUAUAUACUAUUGCUGUGCAAAAAAAAAAAUAUCUCUCAUUCUUUCUCUCUCUCUCUCUCUUUCUCUCGUUCUCUCUCUCUCAUAUUAUGGUUUAACAAUAUAAAUGCUUUCAAACUGCACUAAGUUUACCUUCACUUUAAAGGACCAGUAAACACAGUAGAUUUGCAUAAUCAACAAAUGCACGAUAAGAAGACAAUGCAAUAGCACUUAGUCUGAACUUCAAAUGAGUAGUAGAUUUUUUAAAAAUAAAUUGCAAAGUUAUGUCUAUUUCCACUCCCCCUGUAUCAUGUGACAGCCAUCAGCCAAUCACAAAUGCAUAUACGUAUAGUCUGUGAAUUCUUACACAUGCUCAGUAGGAGCUGCUGACUCAAAAAGUGUAAAUAUUAAAAGACUGUGCACAUUUUGUUAAUGGAAGUAAAUUGGAAAGUUGUUUAAAAUUGCUGCUCUAUCUGAAUCAUGAAGUUUAAUUUUGACUUAAGUGUCCCUUUAAUGGAAACAGCCUCAGGUAAAAUGUUAUUGUACAGUAAUUAAAUACAUAAUACUACUGGACAAUGUUAUGUGAUAAUCAAAUUGUGUCUUUAUAUGCACACUUUGUUAUGCGCCAGCUCCUACUGAGCAUGUGCAGUAUUUCACAACGUAUACAAAUGAGUCUGGGAUUUGCUGAUGGCUGUCACAUGAUACAAGAGGUAGGAAAAUUUAAAGAGAUUCACAAUUAUAGUUCAGAGUAAGUGUAAUUAAACUUUCUUUAUAUUAGUCAGGUUUUGAUUAUGCAAUUCUACUCUAGACAAUGGUCCUUUAAAUGAGCAGGUUCAACACCUUGAGAAAGUGAAUCUCUACCAAAGAAUAUUGCUUAAAGAACACUUUAACCCUUUAAGGACACAGCUUUCAGUUUGCUCAAUUGUUUUAUGACGGAAAAAUUCCGUCAUAUGUCCUUAAGAGGUUAAUAUGCUAUAUGCAUGACUGUUUAAUAUAAAACAAUGGACCGUUAGUAGGAGUCUAGUUCACUGGUGUGGUCAGAUAUGCAGAAAAAACAGCACGUUACAACAUGGCCAGAUAAUCAAAAGCAUCUUGUCAGUACCGUGACAAGGCCAAAGACUUUUAGUGAUUUCUCUCCAUGCUGGCGACUUUUUGAUUUUCAAGCCCUAAGUCUGCACCUUUUUUUUUUUACUACUGAUUGUUACCUAAAGGGACAGUAAAGUAAAACAUAAACUUAGUUGAGUUUAGGAACAUGCUCGUGUCUUUAGCCAUCUGGCAGCACUGUUUGCAACAAUGUUUAUAGAAAUGUUAUACAUAGUUGCAGACAUUGCUGCCAUAGAAUGCUAAAGAUACAUGCACACUCCUACGAUCAGCCUAUCUAGAUUUAUUCUUCAACAAAAGAUACCAAGAGAGCAAAGCAAAUUUGAUAAUAGAAAUAAAUUAGGAAGUUGUUUAUAACUGCACUCUAAAUCAUGAACAUUUACUUUACUGUUUCUUUAACACCCUGGCUACCAUAGGGUUCUGCAAAACUUUGCUAAAAGUAUGUUUUUUAUUGAUAUAUUUAUAGUUCAGUACUUUCUGCCUCAAAAAAAGCUCACACUGCAAUGUCUUUUUCAUAGACCUGUAUUAUUCACGAUAAAUACUAAACAGUUUACUAUGCAUUAACACACGUUAUUUGUGUGCAAGUUCUGUAAAUUGUAUUAAAUUGUCAUUAUAAAGAAGUAACUGAGAAUAGUAAUAUGAAAUGUAAACUAUGUUUUUGCUUAUAAUUGUUUUAUUUUUUAAAUAAAUGCAUCCAAAGAUUGAGUUUGUUCACUUCUUUCUUGAACACAAAUCCCAUGCCAUUAUUACUCAGAGCUUCUCAAGUCCAUUUCUCAAAGAACCCUAAUAUUGCAAAAUGUACAUAUUUUCCUUCUUGGGGGUGUUCAGUAGUUUAGUUGCCGUAACUAUCUCAACUGCACUCAAGCAGGGAAAUCAUUAAAUCUGAUACAUUAGGGUUCCUUGCGGAGUGGCCUUGAGAAAUCCUAAUUUAGGUAAAUAAAAAAGGGCUACAUGUUGUAUGAUUUUAAAUUAAUUAAAAACAAUGCAGUCUCUUAUUUAAAGGGCUAACUUAGUUCCUAUUUUAAGAGACUGUUACAUCUAAUCUUAACAGGAAACUAAAUUAAAUAGUAAUUUACAUUAUAUUAAAUAAAAAGUUUUGUAUUAAGUGCUCCCACCAGUAUGCUGGCAAUGGAAUGCUGAAUGUGCUUUACCUGUGUACAUGCACGGUGAGUGGGGGUGAUUUCACUGCAUAUGUUUCUGUUUUUUUUCUUUUGUCAAUAUUUCUUACUGACAGGAUGAAAAGACACCAAAAAGUGUUUUAAGUGCCCAAAAGUGAUAUGCAAUUUUUUUUUAUAGUUAACUUUAAAUAAAUGGUCAAUAAUAGCCAUUUAAGUCCAGUGUUAAGAAAAUAUGAGACAGUAUUUUACCCCACAUGCAUUUGCGCAGCAAAAGGUUUUACAAUUUUUGCUUUUACGACUGCUAAAUUAACUCCACACGGCAGAUAAAAUUAAAAUGUUAACAUCAAACUUUUGCUUUAUUAAAAUAACACUGCUAGACCUGAAACAAUAUAUCAAUGCAGUAACCCAGCCAGUAAGGGACAUCAAACACUUUGAGAUUGUAAUUUAAAAUGUUUAACUCCUUCAAUAGCAGGAAUUUCAGAGAAAAACUUGCUCAAAGUACUGGAGAAUUUUUAGCAUUUUUGCUAUAACUCCAUCUUUAUUUACCUAUCAAAAAUAUAUAAACAUGUUUCAGUAGACAUCCUAUGGUAUUGAUCUACGCCCAUUUUGGUAUAUUUCAUGCUAUUGUUUCACUGCAAAUGCAAUCAUGUUAAAACAAGUCUAUAUCUAAUUUCAUUUAUUUAUAUUAUUGCCAGUAUAUAUUCACAAUUUCUAUACCUAUUUCUCAUAUACUUGAUCUGAUAUCCUUAUUUUAGUUUAUCCUGCCUUAUAUGAGUAUUCAGCUAAUAGAUGUGUUUAAACAAGACACCAAUAUCAAAAUGCAACAAUGUAUAAUGUAACAUUUAUAGCUGAAGUGAUUGAAAGUUACUUUGCAAUUAUUAUUAUUUAUCUAUUGUUUCCUUUUGCACUAGUAACGUUUGUUACAAUAUUUAAACAAAUUAUGUAGUCUAAUAUAGCUGCUGUCAGCAGGUUCAUUUCAAUUGUUUUUAUUUCCUUUCAUUUAAACGGGUCACUAUCACAACAUUAAUAUACAGCUCUAUAACUUGAAGUGAUGACAUCACGAUACUGAGCCUGCUUUUGAUUCUUUGACCGGCUUUUUACCUGUGCCCAUUGUCUAUGAGUAAGCGCCCUGCUGCAGCAUGAAACGCGUAAGACGAGCCCUCUUCCUUGUGUACUUGUGUCUAUUUUAAUCCUGGAAUAAAGUUUUCUGUUGCUCAGUAGCGGCUUUCUUUUAUUUCAUGUUAAAAAAAAUUACUUUUUCACAAUCUUUGGGUUUCUCACUGAAUUUAUUUACACACAACUUGUGCAGUCAUAAGACAAAUGGUUGCUAAAGCUUCUCUAAGUUCCCAUUUGUUCAGAAACAGCAGACAUGCAUGGCUUUGCCAUUGUUUUUGGCAAUUAGAAGGCCGCUGAUUGCUGCUGCGCACCACACUUAUGAAAUUCCUGACAGUGAAGAGGUUAGCCUCUUGAUGAACGUGACGUUCCAUGUACACGUCACGGUCAUUACGGCGGGUUUCCUUGUUUAUAAUAGUGUGGGUCCUGCCGCAAGCGGUGCUAUUAUAGGAUCCCCCCACUCUUCUGGUCGCCGGAAAUAGUCUGGUCUACAGGGUACGUCGCUGGUCCUGAAGGGAAUAAUAAAGUAGCGUGUAAGGUUAAAUUUAGCUGUAGUGUAAAGAUUACUCUCUUAUUUGCUACCUCCCACCCCCUAAUCCCUCCCAAGCAGCUCUUUUUCACAGAUUUUUGUGUUGCACUUUCAGAAGAAGAAAUCCGGCUCCGAAAAUAGUUGAAUGCUGCUGGCAGCGGUCAUAUUCAGCAUUCAUUUAAAUCGAAAACUACAAAUGCACAUAUCUUAUAUAUAGCCCUAAUUUAUUUUAGAUAAGAAACUGCCAAGCAAUGGAACUUUUGGUAACAUAAUGAGAGGGGACAGUUGUCUUCUCCAGUAACAAUUCUUGUUUGGCUCCUCCAAAUAAGGCACAUGCUGGGUAGAGUUUAACUAUUGAAAAACAAUUGCAGCAAACAAGAUGUUAUCAGAAAAAUAUUUCAAGGUGUUUAUUGUCCCUUUAACCUCUUCACCCAAAUAAAUGUUUGAGCUUUAGGAAGCCUGGAGCUGGAGUCCCUGAGCUCCAGGCAUCUGUCCACUUAUGGAACCGGAGCACGAUUGGUGCUCCGGUUCCAUAUGAGGGCAGAUGCCUGAUCGUUACAUACAGUGACAACGUCUGUGUCACUGUGUGUAGUGAUCAGCUGUUGUGCCGGCGGAAUGUGCUCCGUGAGGCAGGUGUGCAGCCCAGCAGUGGAGGGAGUGGGAGGGCCCUACACUGCAGAAAAAAUAAGAAAGGGACAGGGAGGGAUGGGGCAGCUAUACUACAGAAAAAAGGGUGUGGGGGUCAUUAGCUUGCAAUGGCGGGAGGGGGGAGGUGUUGGGACUACUAUGCUACAUAAAAAAAAAAAAUUUUUAAAAAAGUAUAUAUAGGUACUGGCAGACAGGGGAGGGUUAAAGGAUUGGAGUUGGAGGUUAAACAUAAAAACCUAACAUUAGUAUAUUGUCUGCCAGUACUUAAAGGGACAUGAAACCCACAUUUUUUCUUUUGUGAUUUAGGAAGAGCAUGUCAUUUUAAACAACUUUCUCAUUUACUUCUAUUAUCUCAUUUGCUUCAUUCUCUUGAUAUCACUUGCUGAAAAGCAUAUCUAGAUAUGCUCAAUAGCUGCUGAUUGGUUGCUGCACAUAGAGGCCUUGUGUGAUUGGCUCAGACAUGUGCAUUGCUAUUUCUUCAACAAAGGAUAUCUAAAGAAUUGAGCAAAUUAGAUAAUAGAAGUAAAUUGGAAAGUUGUUUAAAAUGACAUGCCCUAUCUGAAUCAUGAAAGUUUAAUUUUGACUAGACUGCCCCUUUAAGAUGGAAGGGAUCAGGGGGUGGGAAGUGUCAGGUAAUCUCUACACUAAAGAUAAAAUUAAAGGGCCAUAAUACCCAAAUGUUUAAACACUUGAAAGUGAUGCAGCAUAGCUGUAAAAAAGCUGAUUAGAAAAUAUCACCUGAACAUCUCUAUGUAAAAAAGAAAGAUAUUUUACCUCAAACGUUCCUCAGUAGCCACCUCCCAUUGUAAAGGAUUUCUAAGCAGCAUUUUAGUGUGUUUGUCCUGGGACAUCUGAAGGGACUAGCAUCGUGCACUCUCAUAUUAUUUCACCAAUCAGGUAAAGGAAGCUUACUAUGAAAUCUCAUGAGAGUUAAGUCAAAUCUCAUGAGAUCACAGUAAGAGUUCAUGACCUCAGCACUGCUGAUGCUGAUUGGCUGCUGUUCAUUUCUUCAUUUUUUUAAAUUUGUUUACCUGCAGCUGGGAGCAGCUGAGUAUAACUUUUUACACAGAACUUACUCUGCUGAGCUGAGGAUGUUGUGAGGUAAAAUAUCUUCCUUUUUUACAUAGAGAUGCUCAGGUGAUAUUUUCCUGUCAGCUUUUUACAGUUAUACUGCAUCAGUUUCAAGUGAUUUAGCAUAUGAGUAUUAUGUCCCUUUAACCUUACAAGCUACUUGAUUAACACCUUCACUCCUAGGAAUAAUAGAAGUGUGGUGUGCAGCUGCAAUUAGCGGCCUUCUAUUUACCAAAAAGCCAUAUAUGUCUGCUAUUUUUGAACAAAGUGGAUCUCAGAGAAGCUUUUACAACCAUUUGUGCCAUGAUUGCACAAGCAGUAUGUAAAUAAUUUUAGUGAGAUCAAGUUUGUGAAAAAUGUACGAUUUUUUUUAUUUGAUUACAUUUGGCGGUGAAAUGGUGGCAUGAAAUAUACCAAAAUGGGCCUAGAUCAAUACUCAAGGGGCCAAAUUAUCAUAGUGCGAGUGGAGAUGAUCCCCUGUAGUGGAUCGUGUCCACUGCACAUCGAUAAAUGCCGACAGCAUACGCUGUUGGCAUUUAUCAUUGCACAAGCAUUUCUUGUGAAAUGCUUGUGCAAUGCCGCCCCCUGCACAUUCGCGGCCAAUCAGGAGGUGUCAAUCAACCCAAUCGUAUUUCUUCUGCCUCAGAGGUGGCAGAUGAGUUAAGGAGCAGCGGUCUUAUGACCGUUGCUUCUUAACGCCUGAGGCAUUCAAGCUUUGGUAAAUCGGCCCCCUUGGGUUUUGACAUGUAAAUAAAAAAAAACAAGGCUCUAUUUCUGUUUAGAUGGAGUGAUAGCAAAACAUGCUAAAAACAUUCUCUGGUAUUUUGGGCAAGUUUUUCUCUGAAAGUCCUGGUAGUGAAGGGGUUAAUCCCGUAAUUGAUGGAGAGCUACAAAGCAUUGGUCCAAGUGCUAAGCGUGAGUGUUAUAGAUUUGCAUUAAACAAAACUUGCUAUAUAAAUUGUAAAGCAUAAUAUUUUACCAUAAAAUGUAAUUGUUUUAAGAGAAUUUGUUUGAUGUCUGAUUUAUUUUCUGUAUACAUUUGUAUCUGAGGCAGAUGUCACUAGGCAACUGCCUAGGGUUGAGUUUACUAGAAGUGAUGUCAUUGGGCAAGCAUAGGCCAAAAAUGCAUUAGUGUAAGGUUGUCUGCAGGUGCUAGAGUUCUUCUAUAAACUAAUUAUUGCACUGGGUGAGCCCACUGUACCCAGGCAGCAUUUGGCAGGUGUGGCACAUAAAGCAUAUUCUGGCAAAUAUGUGUGUGUAUGUGUAUAUAUAUAUAGAUAAUAGAUAUAUUAUAUAAAUUACUCUCAUAUGAGGAAAAGAAAAGAAUAAUUAUAUACAAACAUGAUACAAUAUUUGUUUCAAACCAAAGAUGUCUGCUGCUACUUGAGGACUGAAAUAGUGAAUUAAUGAAUACUUCCAACCAGGCACCAGAGUAAAACAUAAACUGUAGACAUUGUAGGGCAAUUUAGUUAAUUGUUUUUCCUCCACCAGUCCUGCCUCUGUCAUUUUAAUUUACAGCCCCUUCUUCCCACAAUACAUUAAUGUUUACAGUUCCAAGUAAAACAAUGUAAUGUUUUUAUUUUAUAACAUUAGUAAUCACUUGCUCUUAAUUUUACAGCACCUGUAAUCUUUUGACAUUCUUUUAAGGCAAACAUAAAAGUUUGUCUAACAAAAUAAAACCUUUAAAGGGACAGUAAAAGUCAUAAUAAGACUUUUAUGAUUUAGACAGAGCAUACAUUUUUAAACAAUUUUCCAAUUUACUUUUAUUUAAUUUGCUUCCUUCUCUUGUUAUCAUUUGAUGAAAGGUUUAUCUAGGUAAAGCUCAGGAGCAGCAAAGAACCUAGGUUCUAGCUGCUGAUUGUUGGCUGUAUAUUAUUUAUACUAUAUAUAUAUAUAUAUAUAUAUAUAUAUAUAUAUAUAUAUAUAUAUAUAUAUAUAUAUAUAUAUAUAUAUAUAUAUAGAUAGAUAGAGAUUGUCAUUGGCUCACCCAUGUGUUCAGUUAGCAUCCAGUAGUGCACUGCUGCUCCUUCAACAAAUGAUACCAGAAUGAAGCAAAUUUGAUGAUAGAAGUAAACUGGAAAGUUGUUUAAAAUGGUAUGUUCUACCUAAAUAAUGAAAGAACAUUUUUGGUUUCAUGUCCCUUUUAAUUAAGUACUGUAAAACUAUACAAUGUAGAUUAAUUAUAUAGUUUGCCUCUUUUUCUUUUAAUCUAACACUGAAUAUUUCCAAUUCUUGACAAUAUACACUCUGCAUAUAUAUUAAAAAAGGAAUAAUGUCCCUCUAUGGUAAUUGAAAUUGAGUUUGCUGGGUGGCGCUAUGAAGUAGCCGGGUGGCAUGAUGAAGUGGCUGGGUGGCAUGAUGAAGUAGCUGGGUGGCGCUAUGAAGUAGCCGGGUGGCGUCAGUGUAAUACUUUGCAAUAUUAUAAAAUGUUCUGCUAUUUAUAAAUGUUACUUAAAGUGAAUGUAAAUUUUGAUGCUAAAGUGCCCGGUUUUUAAAAAUUCGAUUAAAAACAGGGGCACUUUAAUUCAUCAAAAUUUUAAUUUCACUUUUGUGAAAAAAUACUUACUUUUUAAUUUUGACAGCCACUCCAGCUUCCUCCACCCAUCGCAAAGCCUUUUCCUGGGUCUAAAAUGAGGAAUCCGGCUUCCUCCAAUCACGGCUUUGAAUCAGGCACUUUUUCCCCCAGGGGGGGAAGCCGUGAAUGGAGGAUGACCGAUCCAUCAUUUCUGACGUCAGAAAUGGCUUUGCGACGACUGGGGGAAGCUGGAGCGGCUGUCAAGUUUAAAAAGGUAAAUAUUUUUUUCACAAGUGAAAUGUAAAUCUUGAUGAAUUAAAGUGCCCCUGUUUUUAAUCGAAUUUUUAAAAACCGGGCACUUUAGCAUCAAAAUUUACAUUCACUUUAAGCUAUCCAAAGCACAACUCAAUUGGAUAAUUUAACAUCAUUAUUUUAUAUUAGGUAAUUUUAGCUUAAUUUUGGCUUAAAUUGUAGCUGGGUGGUCAGGCCCAGAUUACAAGUGGCAUUCUAAUGCUAGCGAGGGGCGCGAUAGGCAGUGUCUCUGGACUGCGCUGAAAUUAGCUCAUGGUAAAACAUAUUUAACAGAAAAGGUUUAGCACAGCCAACAUCACUGUAGUGCACCAAUUACUUUAAAUGGAUAUCACAACCACACUAAAUAGCACUGAUAUUGCAAGUUGAAAGUUAUGGGUUCCGCUCGAGCAAAAACCCAGAUAGCGCUAGAAGAAUUAGCACAACCAGAGACCUGAAGUAAAGUGUAAGGGGACGAUUUAUCAAGCUCCGUAUGGAGCUUGAUGCCCCCGCUGGAAAAGGAAGAUAUGAAGCAGCGGUCUAAAGACCGCUGCUCCAUAACUUGUCCACCUGCUCUGAAGCUGCGAACAGAAAGCAACCCAAUCAAAUACGAUGAGGUUGAUUUACACCCACUGCUAGCGGCCGAUUAGCCGCGAAUCUGCAGGUGGCGGCAUUGCACCAGCAGUUCACAAGAACUGCUUGUGCAAUGAUUAAUGCAGACAACGUAUGCUGUCGGCAUUUAUCGAUGUGCUGCGGACAUGAUACGCUACAUUAUAUCAUGUCCGCUCGCACAUUAAUAAAUAUACCCCUUAGGGUUUAAAAAAACACACAUACAAUAAUAAUUAAAAUACUUCAAAUUCUUGUGUUCUUCAUUAAUCUAUUUUUUAUUUAUAUAUAUCUCUAUAUAUAUAUAUAUAUAUAUAUAUAUAUAUAUAGAUCUGUUUUAUAUAUAUAUAUAUCUGUAUAUACAAUAUAUAUCUAUAUAUUUUUAUAUAGGUAUAAAUAUAUAUUUUACAAAAAAAGAACAUUUUCUUUUAAGUGAAGAACAUAGGAAUUUCAAGCUUUAGCACAGUUGGUCUAACACAGUUUCGGGUUAGUGUGCGAGACAUAAAUAAAAAAGGCUUUUUUGUAUUAGAACGACCCAUGGAAGUCUAUAGGGGAGAGGGAGUUAGCACGUUCACAGUAUCUGAAGUCCGGAAAUUAGCAUGCAAGAGUCUUUUGCUUGUACGCUAACUUUUAUUUUCAACUUGUAAUAGCAGCGCUAACCUGGGUUUGCUAAUUUUUUAACUUGAGCUUACUUAGUGUUCAUGAACGAUAUAAAUGUAUCGUACCACUUAUAAUCUAGGCCAAAAUGUUAAGUAUUAAUGUAUAAAAUGUUAAGCAUUAAUCUAUCUAUGGAAAAUAAACUGCAAGAUACUUGAUUCCAUGGGAAAUAGUCCUGCUGUGUUAAUUCCUGGAACUUCUUAUAAAAAAAAGUAAUUACAUUUGGGAGAGAUCAGUUUGUUGAAUCUUUUGAAUUGAGUUAUAUUAUCAACAUUUGAUAAUGUUACCUAUUAAUGUUGAAAAUUAAAUGUUAAAUAUUGGGUUCUCAUGUCACAUUUAACUAUUUUUGCAUUUUAUUUUGUACAAACUAGUGAUGUCUAGCAGUUUUAUACAUUGACCAUACCUGUGGAUAUUUGUACAGAUUAUUGCAAAAAAAAAUGUGUAAUAAAAACUGGUUUUGCUUUAUUGAGAAUAAAACAAAAACAAACACA